GGUCGGAGUGGCCGUCCGUCUGACCCGCCAACCAGCCGUUGGACAGCGCCUCACGGCGGUUGCUGGGGGCCGCCUACCGUGCUUCGCAAUAGGCCGCGGAGGAGGACGGGGCGCGGCGGGGGACACGGCGGCCGCCGCGGGGCUUGAUCGGGCGACGGUGGCAGCGGCAACUGGUCCUCCUCCUUCUCCCUUUCCCACCUCCCUCGCCUCCUCCCCCUUCCUGGUUGCUUCUCGUCCUCCUCCCCUAGUGGCGGCCCUGAUCCUACGUAAGGGAAUGAUUACGAGGUACGCCAGCGAAAAUAGGGUGCAAGCCCAGAAACCAUUUCUCUACCACCAUUUGUUGAGAAACUGAUUUGAAAACAACUCUGUGUUUGGAACAGGCAGAGGGUGCCCGGAUUUGACACCUCUGUUUUCUCAGAUUGGGAACCCUUCAUUGCUAAGUGUCAAGGCAACAAAACUGGAAACUAACUUGACCCUUAUUGAAAACCGGAAUGGAGCGAUUUGUAGUAACAUCUCCUCCUGCUCGAAACCGUUCCAAGACUGCUUUGUAUGUGACUCCUUUGGAUCGUGUCACUGAGUUUGGAGGUGAAUUGCAUGAAGAUGGAGGAAAACUGUUCUGCACUUCUUGCAACGUGGUACUUAAUCAUGUUCGCAAGUCUGCCAUCAGUGAUCACCUCAAGUCCAAGACUCACACCAAAAGAAAGGCAGAAUUUGAAGAACAGAACGUAAGGAAGAAACAAAGGCCUCUAACAGCAUCUCUUCAGUGCAACAGUACUGCGCAGACAGAGAAAAUCAGUGUUAUCCAGGACUUUGUGAAAAUGUGCCUGGAAGCCAACAUCCCACUUGAGAAGGCUGAUCACCCAGCAGUUCGUGCUUUCCUGUCUCGCCAUGUGAAGAAUGGUGGCUCCAUACCUAAGUCAGACCAACUAAGGAGAGCUUAUCUCCCUGAUGGGUAUGAGAAUGAGAAUCAGCUCCUUAAUUCACAAGAUUGUUGACAAGGGAGGUUACCAUCAUUGUGAACAAGACAAAUGACGUGGAGUAUUAAAGUUAUGUGUUGAUUGUGUGGUUCAUUUUUAUAUUUAUUUCAUUAAAAUCAUGUGAUACAGAAUAGUUUUGCAAUGUGUAUAUAGCUGCGGAAGUGACAACCUCACUGCAGAACUUACUGAUAAUUUAGCCACUGGUGGUAUAAGACAGAAUUUCAGUUUAGAGUGUGCUAGAAUAUCUAAAGCCUGAUGGUUUUCUUUCAAACUGAUGGUUUUCCCCUAAAAAGGUUUAUGCAUUGAAAGUCCUGCCCUGCUUUUUACCGUGUAACUCCUAAGAAGUUCCUUAAAUAUUUAGAAUGAAAAAUAGCAUAAGAAACUGAAGCUGCUGCCAAGGAAUACUGCUGAUGGUUAAAUUUUUUUUUAUUGUUAUUGGAGGGUUUUUUGUUCUAAUCAGAGUGCCCUCUAAUAGAAUAAAAUGCGCUUCUGCUGUAUUCUUAGUUCAGAAGAGGUGAAGGCUCUUAUUGUCCCAUUUCAAGCUGUACUUUACUAUAACUUAGUUGUCUUAGGUCUCCUCUUAUCCCACCUUUCUCCCAUUUCUUCCUCAAACAUUUAUUAGUAGUUUCAAAAUCAGCAAAUUACUUAAAUCUACUUUUUUCAUAAGUGCCAGAACUCAUGGUGAGACGUUAGGUAACAGUGAUUUUGCUCUCUUAACACGAACAGAAUUUCACAAGCAAAAUGUACCCACGAACACUUGGUUUGGAUUUUGAAAUGCUCUUUAAAUUUCAAGCAUGCCUUUCUUCUUGUGCAUCCAUUCAUUGGGUUCCAAAAUGCUUUUUGGAUAUAAAUUCACUCUUAAUGAUAAACGGAAAUUUGGAUUUGAUGUCUUAACUAUGGAUAAAUUAAAAUGAGCAGCAAUUCUAAUUGUACUGAAUUGGAGUACCCUGUUGCAUGGAGUAAUCCUCUGUGCCUAUGCUGUCAGGUCAAUACAAAUGGAAAUUGUUAAACAUUUAGUUUUCCUAAAUAUGAUUUUAACAUAUAUACCUCAUGAAGUAGACAGACCAGAACAAGAAAGCUUGUGUUGUUUGACUUUCUUGAAAAAGUUUUAUCUCUGGUGCUUCACUGUUUUUAGGAAUAGUACAAAAUAGGAGCUAACUAGAAAUUCUGGCAAGACAUUUGUUUGGAGGUAGGCUUCUGGCAGCAUCAUGCAUAAGUAUUUUGGGGAAAAUGAUUGUCAUUUCUGCUGAAGGGUCUGCCUUGUUCAGGAAAUGAGCUCUUUUUGACUCUUAUUAUCUCAGUAAGGCAAAUAGCACAGCUUUUAUAGAUUUCAAGUCCAGACCACAGGAGAACCAAAUUAUAUGCUUUUAAAAGUUAAUCAUUUGCUAACUUGGGCUAGAGCUUUUUUGAUAUAUAUCAUUUGUUGCUUGAAUAUAUACAAGAUAAAAAUUACUUAUAACAACUUUUUUUUUUCUGUUAGAAAGCAAUGGUGAAGUCCCUUGUAACUUAGGGUAAUAAGGUUUCUUAAAAAAAAAAUACAUCGUAAUAUGUCAUAUGAUGCUGUGCUCAUAAGAAAAAUGAGGCCAAAGUAGAUGAAUUUUAUAUUUUUUCGAGCCAAUUUUUCAUGCUUAAAUUUCUAAGAAAAUGCUUUCAAGGUGCUAGUUGAGUUUUCAUUUUAGGUCUUCAUUUGAGUUUAGAUUCUAAGUAUCUUUUCCUAUCCCCCUAAAAAAACUUAUCCUGUCUUAAAAAGUUGCUUUAUAUAACUUAGACUACUAGGGUUUUUUUUUCCCUAUUGCUACAGUAAUGGCAAAUUAAUGCAGCAAAUUCUCUACUUAGUGCUAUCAUUGAUAUGCCACCAAUUAAGGAACUAAAUAUCUUUCCCAACAAAAACACACAUUUUACUUUUAUUUAAGUUAGAAAGGCACUGGGAGUUGGGUCAUGUUUACUUUAGCAUCCAAGAUAACAGUAAAACCCAAGAAACCAGGAAAAUACUUCUAGUACUAAUUUCAGGUUCAAAAAAUGAGGAUGGGUGUAUCAGCUGAUUGUUGAUUUCAGAUAAUUCUUGUUCCCUUUCUCUAUAUUUUAGUAUUAAUUUACUCUGAAGGCAAACUAUCAAUAGGUCAUAUUCCUCUUUCCAUGGUUAUUUUUAUUAUCACUGAUUUGAUGAGUUUCAUUUAUACAGCAUAUUUUUGUGUACUUCAACAAGCCCCUAACUGUAUUACCACAUGUACUAUAUGUAAGGGCAUAAUCCCAUCUUUCUGUAAGGAUCAUGAGAUCAUAUUCUCAGGGGUCUUUUCCUUGCCCGCUGUGUCAUGCUUCUGGGGCUUUAAUGGUCAUGUUUCUCUACUGAUUAUGACAUUUUGUGUCUCUGAGACUAUUUAAUUUUGUCUCAUAGCUUAUGAGGCAGAUUUCCCAAUUUUAGCCUUUCCAAAACUGGUAUAAAUCAGUGAAACCAUAGUUGAGGUAUGUUGGAUAGAAUAAAUAGAAAUAUUUGAGGCCCAUGUUGCCUUGGGGUAUGAUUGACAUUUUGUACAGAAACCCUUUCAACCUUAACUUUAUAGUGUUAGUGUGAUGCUAUGCUAUUGGAAAAAAAAAUAGCCUUUUUCUAUUUUGUAACUUUUAUGCAUACAUACAAGGUUGUUUAAUGUUUCAUUUACAAACUGCGUUCUUUAAGACAUGCUUACCUGUUAAUAGUGUUUUCUCUAAACAUAUAAUAGUCUGUCUUCCAGGAAUUCAUUAUAUGGUUACCGUUAAUAGUUUAUGGAUUGUUGGAAGGGAAAAUUACUUGUAGGUAAAGCAAGACUGAAGGACAAUGUAACUUUCUUGCAGGGUGAAACUUAAGGAUUAUGUUUGAGAGAGAACCAUAUUGUUUUAUCAGUUCCUGCCAUCAAAUGAGAAUCUUUUUCAAAUACCGCUUCUCAAAGCUUUUUGGCCCUGAUGAAAAUGUCUCCUAUGAUCCUAAGUUAUACAGGACCAGGAAGUAUUUAAGAAACAGCUGUCUUAGAAAUAUAACAAAUUGAUUAACUAUUUGAGAUUGUGUCUGACAUGUAUUAAAAAUUUCUAGUACUUUCAACAACUAGUCAUGUGAGCAAGUGAUAGCUGAAAUUUUCCAUUUUAGAUAUUCAUCUAAAAAUGUUUGUUAAAUACAUAACAAUGGGAAAUCUAAAAAAUCACAAAGUCUUUCAAAUAUGGUGAUUCCAUACUUGCAUUCUUUUUAAGGUGUUCUUUAUGCUUUGAUUUGCUUUAGAUACCAUUAGUUAAGUGUGAAUGGAAUUGCCUUAAGCACUCAAAAAUUAAUUCAUAAAAUGCAUUUAGUAUAACAAUUUCAGUCAAAAAUCUUAUUUAGACCAAUGUAACAUUUAAAUUGGUUUAGUUUAUUUCUCCCUCCCCUAUUAAUUAGAAUAAAUUAAAUAAUGAAGUGGCUAUCUUAAAUCCUGGUUUAUUUCAUUGCACAGUAUCAUAGGUUUCUGAGGGAAAUAAAACUAACUGACCUAGUGGUAUUCUACUCAUAUUCAGAGUACUGUAAUAAUAGUUAACUAUGUUCAUUUUUGUUCUCAAUGCUAAUUUUCUUUGCUCACGCAUGUAUCCUGAAAUAUUAACGUCUGUGUUGCUUUUAAAGUUUUGUCUGUGACUUUUAGAAAUAAAUUUUUUACAAAAAAUUAA